AUCAAUAAGGGUAUGUUGGUCCUCCAGGGGUAAAUAAAGUUUUUUGAAGUUUUGAAGAACAUUGUAGAUAUUUUAAUAUAUGUUAUUAAACUUGAUUUCCAAUAUAAAAAAUAAAAAAUAAAGCAAGAAUUUGGAAAAGAACUAUGCAAUAUGGAUGUAGAUAUGGUUUAGCUACUCUGCUGAUUUGUGUUCGAUCCAUUUUCACCCCUAGCACAUUCUCAGCUUGUUUCCGAAAGUAGUCAAUUGUGUUAACUUGAUUGCAGCCCUACUCUUGGAAGAUUAUUGGCUGGAUCUGCAGGGACCAUGCUAAUCUUCUCUGUAUUGUUCCAAUUUAUCAGAUGUCUCUGAAGCGAUGUGUGCAGUUUGACUGAUUUUGUUGGAUUUCAAAACUUCGCAACAUCUUUUCCUUUUUUCUAUUAAAAAAAAUAAAAAACUUAAGCAUAUGGCUCAGUGCUUCCUGCGCUAGGGACGGUCGGUAAUCUGGGUUCAAGGUUUGUGGUUCACAGUCUGCAGCUUUGGUAUGGUUUUUGUACAAGCUGCUAUUUCCUCCUGUUGAGGGGCAAGGCAAAUUUGGUUGGUCUGUGUUUUAGCAAGCAACCAUUUGCAGCCACUCUUCAGGCCAGGAGAGAUGGAAAAAUUCAGAUUUGGAAGCUUGGUUGGACGGAUAUUAUGCAACCCAUUUGCUUCCCUAACUUCAUAGCAUUGCUCAAAAAGAAAUUCUAAAGGCAGCUCCUCUGCUUUUGAUGCAUUAAAAUGGACCCAGACAACAUUUGAGCGACACACUGAAAAUCCUCGAGUUUUUGUGAGGGAAGGAUGGAAGGUUUGAACAGCUUCCCUACCUCUUGUUAUUAACAGCCUGUGGUUAUCAUUGCUGUUAUAAGUGCAUUGUUGAGCCCUUCUUACUUCCUUCUUCGCUUCUUAUCUUUUCCUUUUUGAAAGGCAAUGAUGUUUUUGGCCUACUUAAAGGCCAAAAUGGAAAUAAUGGUCGGAUUUCAGGAACUACAUAUGAAGUUAACCCUAGAACCUUUGACAAGUUAAUUGUCGAUUUUCAAAUUUUGGAUACAUUUUCAUUUUUGAGGGUUUUGUGCUAUUGAACGGCUUAUUUUUGUUUCUGCCUCAGGUUGGAGGUGAUGGAUUGAUUAAGCUCUCUUGCUUGCCCCUUCUUGUGUAUAACGUAUAUGUAUAAAUGUAUGUAAGUUGACAUAAUGUCCACAACAGGGAGGCAAUGAUGAUUGAUGACACCAUACUAUCUCGAAGGUCAUGAUGGCAAGGCAGCUUGUAUGGCAUGAGUGCAACUGCUGCAGCCCUUUGCCCUUAUGAAGAGUUUUACUUGAACAAGAAGUGUGGGAGAUAGAGAGAAAGUGAGAGAGAGAGAGAGAGAGGAGAUUUGUUUAUUUGAUCAAUCAGUGGUGAAUCUGAGCCUCCCUUCCUCCAAUCUCAUUGUAUCUCCAUCUGUGUUUCUAGUUCUUGGCCCACCCAAAAAGACAGUACCCUAACUUGGGGAUGCAGGCUUGCUGGUUUAGUUCUCGAAAUCAGGAUUUGGGGUGUUCAGCUUUAAUGCUUUAUUUGGGUAAAUUGCACUAUUGGUACCUGAACUUACGUGAAUUUUCAGUUGGUCUUGACUCUCGAGAGCUUAAUCUGUUGUAGUUGGAUAUGCUUAGCUUUGAAACUGAAUAGGAAGGCAUUAAAUCUGUUGCAGUUGGUCUCAAUCUCGAGAGUUUAAUCUGUCGAAGUUUCCACUUUUAUAAACCAUUCUGUAGCUUCUUGUGCUACUUGAUCUUUAUUCCUUUUUUUCCAGAUAACCUUUUGAUGUUGGUAGUGUGAGGGUUUUGUGUUUUGUGAGAGGCAUACUUCCUGGUUUUCUUCUUUUAUUGCUUGUUUCCCUUGAAUCUUUGUAUGAGUUCCUUAUUGAUUUAUUUUACACUUUUUCAAGAUAUGUUACAUAUUUAUAGUACAAUUAUGUUAUAUCAAGUUUUAGUUUUAUUCUGUAGCUUUUUAUUCAAAUAUGAUUUCCAACUUUAGAAUCCACAUAUCUUCUGUUUCCAUAUUCAGGAGAAGGGGGAAAAACAAAAGAAUUUGGAAAAGAAAUAUGGAAUAUAGGUGCAGAUAUGAUUUAUCUACUUUGCUGAUUUGUAUCCGUUUUCACUCCUAUCUCAUGCUCAGCUUAUUUCUUAAAGCAGCCAAUGUAAUCAACUCAAUUGAGCUUCAAGCUACACACAAGCUGUUUGCAAGAGAUUACAUGCAAUCCUGUCAGGAUUACUGCAUUUGGUUCAUUCAAUAUGUAAUCUAUUUGGUAUUUCAGCAUAACAAAAGGUGUAAGAUUACACCGAAAAUAUUACCGAAGGGGGGAGGGGGGGGGUGCGUAUAUUGGAUUACUGAAGGCGAGUAUUGUUGCACGCUGCUCUCUCUCUCUCUCGCACGAACACCUAUCCUCUUCUACUACUUCGUCCUCCCAGGCAACCAUUUGCCCCUGCUUUUAGGUCCAAUAGAGAUGGAGAGACACAAAGUUAAGGGCCAACUGCACCGGAGCUACCUGAAGCUCUGCCCAUCUGCAGGUAGCUGAAGUUUAGACAGUCUUUUCUGCACUUAUCCCCAAAACAAGUGGUAGCAGGUUAAAGUUCGGGUGGUUCUGGUGCUUUUAUCCCUAGCAUUAAAUUGUCAUGCUUGAUAGAUGGAUCAAUCUGAGCCUCCAUUUUCCCUUCAAAAUCAAGUUAGCUAAAUUGAGAGCAGUACUCUGCGUGUGAAAUUGUCCUUAUUAUUUUAGUUUUUUUUCCCAUGUAAAAUAUAAUUUUUUCUGUUUUGCAAUUUUUCACCUUUUUCAGUUUUUGCAUCUUCAUUCUCAUUGUGAGAUUUUCUGACUCGAAUACCUAUUCAUCAACAAAUUCGGGGUAUGUCACUUACAUUUGUAUGGAUUUUCCGGGAAUGAACUCUCUUUCAGUGUUUGCAACAGUUAAUCUGUCUCUUUUCCCUGCAUCUUGUCUAUGUUUGCUUGCGUUUAUGCAUAUAUGUGUAUAGGCAAAAUUAUACUUGGGCCCUCGAACUGUAAGGUGGGUGACACUUUUGUCCUCAUAUUUUAAUUUAUUGAAAUUUUUUGCUCGAACUCUAUAAAUUGUUGCAAUCAAGCUUUAUAGUCCCAUUUAAGUAGCUGGAUGAUGAUGUCAUGUUGAUAUAGUACUUAGUAAUUUCUACAUCACCAACCGCAUUACUUCCAUUUGUCUAUGUGUAUGUACAUUCGUACAUACGUAUAUUUGUACAUAUAAAUGUAUAUUUACAUCUACAGAUGUGACGAUGAUUAAUGAACUCAACAGUUAUGUAGUUUACAGUGGCAAAGGCAGCUACGAUGGUGCCCUUCGAGCAGUCUGAUUUGGAUGUGACGAAGGGAUGCGAGAAAUCAGCUGCAAGGGAUCAGCUUAUUUCAUCAUUCAAUGGCGGAAGUGAGCCGUGAUCUAAUACUGAAGAAAGGAAAAGGAGUCUAUGCUUUUGUUUUGUGCUAUGUACUUGUAUUGACAGACUGCUCAAGGAUUUUGCGAACUUUCUUUGUUAUUAUCGGUUGGUCUGCAAUCUUUUAAUUGUUUCUACCAGAUCCUUACAUUUCGGUUCUUGUUGCAAGCUCUGUAUCCAAAAUUGUAAAUAGCCUCUCAGUUUCAAGCAUUGUAUCUUCAAUUAGUAGUUUGGUUGCAAAUUUUGCUGGGUUAUUUGUAACUCUUUAU